UAUAAAGGCAUAAAACUUGUGCGUUGCCCACCCCACUCACUGAAACAGGUUUCACUCUUAAACCUCCAGUUUCUUCAGGUACAGUUCAAGCUUUUCUCAGAUAUGGCGCAGGGAAGGGGCAGUGUAAGGCAAGCCAAGUUCGCAGCUGCAAUAUUCCUGCUAUGCUUACUGGUUUGCUUGGAAAAUGUUGAUGCGGCAACUUAUACUGUUGGAGGCAGCAGUGGUUGGACUUUUAACAUGGCUAAUUGGUCUAAAGGGAAGCGCUUCAGGGCUGGUGAUGUGCUUGUGUUCAACUACGACGCAACGAUCCACAAUGUGGUAGCUGUGAACCGAGGAGGCUACACCAGUUGCACCACACCGGCCGGUGCAAAAGUGUACAACUCAGGGAAAGAUCAGGUAAAACUGGCCAAGGGACUAAACUUCUUCAUAUGCAACACUGCUGGUCACUGUGAAUCUGGAAUGAAGAUUGCCAUAAAUGCAAUCUAAUCACCUGGUAUCUUGUUAAGAAUUUAGUUAAAAGAGUUACUACGCUUUGAUUUAGCUAUAGCUAGAACGUGAGUAGAAGAGCAGGGAAAAAAAAUGCUCUGUUGUUGUCAUUUUGCCAGGUCUAAGCAUUUCUAAUCAUCUCAUAUCACCUGAUGUACAUUUACUUUGUAAGGCCCACCGGCCACCAAGGCUCACGGACUUUGUUCGGUUAAAAUGGUCAGUGUUUGGUAUUAUUUUACUUUUGUCCCUGCAAGGUUUGUUUAUUUUGGGUUUUGGAAUUUGGAUGUUUGUUUUUCAUAGGUGCAUGUCCUCGAACCCGGUUCGCUUCUCAAACAAAGCUACAGUCCUAGUUUGAC